GCACACAGGCAACAUCAGCCCCUAUUCCCUUAUUUCACCGACCCCACUCGCUCUGAAGGGUCCCAUUUGUUGGUUGUAGAUGAAUCGGCAAAAGGCAGGAGCAACUCCUAGAGAAAUAUCAACAUGUCCCGCCGCAAGCAAGCCAAGCCACAGCACCUCAAGUCAGAUGAAGAACCCCCACACGCUGGCCUCCGCUCCAGAAACGGCAUCUUGGAGGGCAUGGACAGAGAGGAGAUGAGUGGAGGAGAAGGCCGUCAGGGCAGCAAGGAAACACAUGUGUGUGAGAAGUGCUGUGCUGAGUUCUUCACGUGGAGCGAGCUGAGCGAGCACCAGGCCGUCUGCACCGAGGACCCUCUGGUGCUGAUCGUGAGGGACGAUGACGGGAUGCCUCUUCCUGAGGAGUCUCCGGUCAGGCCCUCCCCUGUUCCCAGUAUGGCACCCAGUGACUCGACCGCCGCGGAGUCCACGGACGGGGGCUUUGAGCUUGGGGAGACUCUGGUGAACGACAACGACAGCCUGGACAAUCUGGAGGAAAUGAGGGAGCGCGAUGAAGUCAUGGAGCUUGAGCAUCGUCCACAGGACAAACACACAGCGGCCUCCAGCCCCCAGCCUCCAGAUUCUGCUGAGUCCUCUUCCCCUCAUGUGACGGCUGCUGGCAACUACAGCAUCCCAAGUACAAAUGUGACACUGGAGAUUCUUCACAGCACAAGGGUGGCUGUUGCUCAGUUCUCCCAGGGAAUAAGCAGCAGUGGGACUGGAGGGAAGGCGGCCUCGGCAGCCAUCCCAGUGAUCCUGGAGCACCUGCUAGCUCUGCAGCAACAGCAGGUUCACCAGCUGCAGCUUAUUGAGCAGAUCUGCAGCCAGGUUGCCAUCAUGAACAGACAACCAACGCAAGCAGCGUUAAACCCAGUCUCAAGAGCUCUCUCUUUGGCACCUAACCCCUUCCCAUCUCAAGGCAUCAUCCCUCCACCUAUCCUUCCACUGUCAGGGACAAUGCCCUCGACCAUUAAUGGGCAAGCCUCUGUUUCUUUGUCAUCUGUACUUGAAAAGUCACAAAGCCUCUCCUCACAAACUGUAUGUGGCCAGUCCAACUAUAGAGAUGUUAGAUGUACCUCUGCCUCCUCAGAAAACACAGCCCAACCCCCUGCUAGCUGCAGCAGCACCGUUUCCACAUUACUAUCUCCUUAUACAGGCUCACACACAAGUAGCAUUAGCUGUACUCAGACACUCAGCUCCUCCAGCCCGUUGUCCCUGGGGCAGAGCAGCCUCCUCAACUCAUCCUCCAGCCUCCCAUUUCUACCUCAGAGCCCCCCCAGCAGUGUCAUCUUCCCCAACCCGUUGGCCAGCAUUGCUGCCACAGCUAAUGCACUUGACCCUCUUGCAGCCCUGAUGAAGCACAGGAAAGGAAAACUGCCCAACGUAUCUUUGUUCGAAACCAAGCCCAGCCCAGAGGAGCCCUUCUUCAAGCAUAAGUGCAGGUUCUGUGCCAAAGUGUUUGGCAGCGAUAGCGCUCUGCAGAUCCACCUGCGCUCUCACACAGGCGAGCGGCCCUUCAAAUGUAACAUCUGCGGCAACCGCUUCUCCACGAAAGGGAACUUAAAGGUCCACUUCCAGAGGCAUAAAGAAAAGUAUCCUCAUGUUCAGAUGAACCCCUAUCCUGUGCCAGAGUAUCUAGACAAUGUGCCAACAAGUUCGGGUAUUCCCUAUGGAAUGUCAUUCCCCCCAGAAAAGCCGGGUUCCUCUUGGCUGGAUAGCAAACCUGUUGUUGCAACUCUACCCACCCCUAUGGGUCUUCCGCUUUCCUCUACUCUUACAAGUAUAGGAAGCUCAAAUGACCCUGUAAGUGUAACACCAUCUCCCUACCGGUCAGCCUCAGGUGAAUCAGUGUCUUUGUCACCUAAUCGUAUAGGCAGUGAGCCUCAUUUCCCUCCUGUUUCAGAAUCUCCGCAAUCUAACCGCGAGACAGAACCCUCCAGUGUACUGAAAGCAGAGGGAGUGCACUUGCCCCAAAACUGCACCCUGACACUGAGGGCAAACCCAGUUACUGUGGCAGCGACCACCACAACACCAACUGUGGCCACCACACCAGAGCCCGCCACCCCAGCAUCGCCUGUCUCCAACUCGCCACCCAUCUCACUCAACUUGGAGGAGAUGAGGUUCCCGUCCGGCGACCUCCUGAACUCUAUGCAAACAUCUGAGACCUCAAAGCUUCAGCAACUGGUGGAGAAUAUUGACAAAAAGAUUACAGACCCCAAUCAGUGUGUCCUCUGCCACCGUGUUCUCAGCUGCCAGAGUGCGCUGAAGAUGCACUACCGCAUCCAUACUGGGGAGAGACCCUAUAAAUGUAAGGUAUGUGGCAGGGCUUUCACCACCAAAGGCAACCUGAAGACUCACAUUGGUGUUCACAGAGAAAAUCCUCCGGUCCGGGUGCAACACUCAUGCCCCAUCUGCCAGAAGAAGUUCACCAAUGCUGUUGUUCUGCAGCAGCACAUCCGUAUGCACAUGGGCGGGCAGAUUCCAGACUCAUCCCUCAUGGAUGGGCUGCAAGAGAUGGACAGUGAUACAUCCUUGCACGAGAGGAACUUUGACAGUCUUAGCAGCAACGACAAUGACCUCAUUGAUGAUAUUUCAAUGGAAGACGAUAAUGAGGAAGAAGACGAGGAAGCAGAAAAUAUGGAAGACUGUCUAAGUCCGAAGCCCUUCAGCUCUGCCUGUAAUUCACCUCCUAAGUCCUCGGCCAUUGUUUCAAGUAUAGCAGCGCUGGAGAACCAAAUGAGGAUGAUUGACUCCACAGUAAGCCUACACCACUCGUUUGGCCUAAAGUCACUGACUAACGGUUUUAUGGAGAGUGACCCACUCGCUAUCAACUGCUCCUCAACAGAGAAGAAGAUGGAGACUUGCAAUGCAGACAGCUCAAACGGGUCCGAAUCCUCCUCCACUUCACCUCAUGUAUCAGCAUCCCCGACACAAAGCAAAUCUGAAGGCGUGACGAUCAAAUCUCCUGCAGCCAACAACAGGCCCGAGUCUCAAGAGGCUUUGGCUGCCGCAGUGAAGAGAGAGCAGUCUGAUUCCCCCACGUCUACAUCAGCGGCUGCAGCGGCCCAGGAGCUGAGAGGAGGCCAGUCCAGUAAACUAUGUGUGAAGGAGGAGAACCCUUACAGCAUGUCCCUCCAGCUGAGCAGAGAACGAGCUGCCAGUCAAAGCAUUCCAAGCCUGGUUACCAGCACUUCAUCGGGCAUGAUUAAAACCGAGAUGAAUGGACACAGUCAACCAAACAACCCAAAUGAGGGGCAGCACCCACCGUUCAGUCUCCACGUCCCUCCGGUUUAUCCCUCUGUCGGAAGCCCAGGAAUGACCGCCCUGCUCGGCCCCGCUCCUCCCCGCCGGACGCCGAAGCAGCACAACUGCAACGUCUGCGGGAAGAACUUCUCGUCAGCCAGCGCCCUCCAGAUCCAUGAGCGCACACACACUGGGGAGAAGCCGUUUGUCUGCUCGGUCUGCGGCAGAGCUUUCACCACUAAAGGCAAUCUAAAGGUUCAUAUGGGUACUCACAUGUGGAACAAUGCACCAGCCAGGAGAGGCCGGCGGCUUUCGGUGGAAAACCCCAUGGCUCUGCUGGGCGGAGACGCCAUGAAGUUCGGGGAAAUGUUUCAGAAGGAUCUGGCCGCUCGAGCUAUGAAUGUAGAUCCUGGAUUUUGGAACCGCUAUGCGGCAGCUAUCACCAACGGCCUGGCCAUGAAGAACAAUGAGAUCUCAGUGAUUCAGAAUCGAGGCAUCCCUCAGCUUCAUCCUAUGAGUGCAGGCAUGGACAGAGUGAGCGCUGGAGGAAGCCCAGUGACGAGUCUAGGGAAGACGGGCAUGGACCUGGGAACUAACAGACAUUUUACUAUGUUGAUUGAUGACAGUAAAGAAAUUGGGAUUAAUUGAAUAAAGGUGAAUGGUGAAUAAAUUCAUUAUGCAAACUAUUAUGGAAGUUGAAAUAUUUGUAAGACAUAUUGUUGUUCUUAUGUGUUGUAUUAAAUAUAGACUUAAAGAAGAACUUUUUAUCAAUUGACAGAGCGUAGUAGGCUAUUCAUUUUGUUUUGUUUUUUUAUUUUGCAGUCAUUUGUGGGUGUUGUUUCUUUUCUAUAAGUACAUAAGUUUCAUUUGUCUCUGAGAAUCCUACGGUGCUGACCAGGAGACGUGUUGUUACUCUACAGAGGGGAACACGAUGAAAUCAGUGAUGCAAAGUGUCUGCUCUCCUCUGGACAGCUGCCCAAUGCUGCUAGCUGGUGCAAAGCACAAAAUACACUCAUAAAUAUCCACAAUUACACGCUGAAAUGAGCUACCCUCAACAUUACGGUGAACCAUUCUUCUUACACAUCCGUUGGUCAGAAUAAAAACAAGAACAAACAACUGUCUGUAUGUUCAAUCCACUACCUCACUCUGUGUUAGUCAAUAGGAUUUCAAUGACAAGAAAUGUCUUCAUGUUUAAACACUGAGCAGAGUUUACUUACAAUGAUGUCAUUUAACCGAGUACCUGAUAGACUUUACACCUGAGCGAAAUGCUCAACAUGGAUUGAGGUCUUUUGUUUCAUUUAGCUGAGAUGCAUUUCACCAAGAACUGCUUUCGCUAAAUUUAGCCUACUUAUGCAUUGUGUCAGCGAGGAUCCUUGAUAUAAAUUAUUUUGUCUGCAAUCAAUGUAAAUUAGGAGAGGAUCAAGUACUGUAGUGUACAGAUGCACACUCAUAAACAGAAUGUAUUUGGGAACACGUUUCUGUAUUUUGUUUUUCUUCUUUGCUCUUGUAGGCCUGCAUCAAGUCAUCUUCUCAAUCGCUGAAUACUCUU